CACUUCUCAUAAAUGUCAUUUUCGCUUGGCAUUUAUUGUUUGUUGUGGUCGUUACUAAUUUAAGUUUUGCUGUUCCUUUUCGUAUGGUUUAAAUUGGCUCCAAGGAGAAAGGGGAGGUCUAGGGAUAUAUUAAAAUGUCAGUAAAUAUAACUGUGAAUGGCAAUUUAUCAAAAUGUGUUAACAGAAAACCUUCAAUACUAGAUGACCGUGAACAUGUGAAAAAACAAAGAGAAGACAACCUACGUAAAAUUCGACUUUUGCAAGUAAGGGAUGAGUGCAGUAAUAUAGCGCGUAAAAUAAGAGGAGAUUUUAAUACUGAAAAGGGUAAGCAAUUACAGAGUUUAGAUGAUAUUAAAGCUCAAGAAUUGGACUCGUGGCGUAAUCAAGCGUUGGUUCAUAAGCAUUACCAUUAUUGCAACGCCGUUAACCAAAUAGGUGCUGCGCAUCUGGCAGCAAAGGAAGAAAACGAAAGUAGAGCAAAAAGAGAGAAAGAACGUGCUGAAACCCAAAAACAAUUCAAAAAACAGCUGGUAUCUCGCGUGGCAAGUAAAAAAGAUGAAAUAAAACAAAAUAAAAAGUUAAGUAAAACGAAUGAUGCGGCAAAGGAUAAUGCAAAGCGUACGAGUACGCAAACAAAAACUUCUAAAUCACCACAGAAAAAGGCGAAGAGGACCCAAGGAACUUCAAAUAAGGACACUAAAUCUAAAGCGGCUAAGAAAGACAAUAAAAAAGAAACAAGCGACGAUGACGACACAAACGAUGAUGAUAAGCGAAUUGGAAAUCUAAAUAAGGUCACUAAAUCUAAAACACCUAAAAAAAGUAAAAAAGCUGAAAAUAGGUCCCAUGAUGAUACAAAUGAGAGCGAUGAGCAUAGAAGAAAUUUAAAUAAGGGCCCUAAAUCUAAAACACCUAAAAAAAGUAAAACAUCUGAAAAUAGGUCCAAUGAUGAUUCAAAUGAUAGCGAUGACCAUAGAAGAAAUUUAAAUAAGGGCACUAAAUCUAAAACACCUAAAAAAAGUAAAACAGCUCAAAAUAGGUCCCAUGAUAAUACAAAUGAUAGUGAUGAGCGUAGAAGAAAUUUAAAUAAGAGAACAAAAUCUAAAACACCUAAAAAAAGUAAAAAAGCUGAAAAUAGGUACCAGGAUGAUGCAAGUGAUAGCGAUGAGCAAAGAAAAAAUUCAAAUAAGGGAAAAAAAUCUAAAACACCUAAAAGAAGUAAUAGAACUGAAAAUAGGUACCAGGAUGAAACAAAUGAUAGCGAUGAGCAAAGAGAAGGUGAUAUGGAUUGUUCAUGUGCAAGUUCAAUAUGUUCAACCUCAAAUGCAGAGAGCGACUCAGACACUGAUUCUUCUGCCAGACAAAGACACACUAAAGAAGGAAAAAGCACAGAAAUUAAAAAAAAUUCAAAGAAAAUGGAAAAAACACCUACUGUAGUUUUAGAUGUAGAACCUGUAAAUAGUGGCACAAUGGAAGUUUCAACGCCAUGUGAAAUAAAUGAUAAACACACAGAGACGAAUCGAAAAUUCAGCUGUGUAGUAAGUGGUGACGAAGAAAAAGGCAAAACAAAGUCAAAAAGAGUCGUUAUUGAUUUCCACUGUAACAGUAAUGAAUCAAUUUCAAUAACAGUUCCACCACCUGUUAAUAAACCACGAAAGCCAUUUUUUACACAAAUUACUGAUUUAGUAAAUAAAUAUAGUAGUACUCCUACUGAAACGCAACCGGAAUUUUCUCAAGGUACCACAACACCAGCGACUAGAUCAAUAUCGCCACAUAAGUGUCCACAUAAAUCACCUGAACGGUGCUCGCAAAAAUGUCAUAAUAUAGAUACUACCAAAACUACAACUACAGAUACUACCAAAACCUCAACUACAGAUACUGCCAAAACCACAACUACAACAACAACAGCAACUAGUUCUUGCACAACGAAUAAAAGUCAAGACGUACAAUAUUAUGAUUAUAACAACAAAUAUAGUAAGAAUUAUCCACAACCUACGUCUUCAGUAAGGGCUACUCCACGUGGUAUGCAUGAACGUAACGCUAUGCAAGAAGCAACAAUUGAAAAUAAAUUGGAAGAAGCUAGAAGACAUGAGCUAAACAAAAAGAGCCAAUUAGCAGACGAACGUGGACGAAAAGCAUUAGAUCGAGAGCAAGUGCGUAGAGAUUGCCAAGAACUAACUGAACUAUUAGAUAAAAUAAGCAAACAACGUCGUCGAUCAUUACUACCCACUGAUGCGGACUUAAUAGGUACUGAACAAUAUAACAACAUAAAAAAGCGUAAAGAGUGUAGAAUGAAUGCGGAGAUAGAAGAUAUGUUAUUAGAACCCGCUAUUAUAACAUGUCCAGAGGUGAACAUAAACAGAAAUUAUUGCAGAGAGGAGCAAUACGCAAAACGUCCUUGCCUUGAUAGUAAUAUAAUAAACUUAGCAGAAAAACCUUGUGACAACAUGAACGAUUUGGAGUCAAGCGAAUGCUCUAUAUUACUGGACCUUGUAACUGAUCAAGGUAAACAAAUCGAAAAUGAGCUAAAAAAUUGUGAAACAUUGCAACAACCAAAUAAUCCAAAAAUAAGCAAGCUUAAAUAUUUAUUGCAACAGAUCGAAGAGCUUCGUAACUCGCUAAUACAGGAAAUAAAUAACAAAACUACAAAUAUAACUGAUCCAGAAGCAAUGGAUUAUAAAAAAAAAUGUGACAUUUCGGAAAAUGAGAAACAAAUGUACACUAAGGACGAAAUGAUACAAAAAGUGUAUGAGUUCAUUGAAUGUCUGAAAUCCAAGGAAGGAGUAAAAAACAAUAAAUUAUCAAAUCAUAGUAAAACAUAUAAAAAUUUCACGGCAAAAGAUGAAAAAAAAUCAGUCUACAAAUAUUCUAACGAUGAAGUUAUACAAAAAUUAUGUGAAUUCAUCGAAAGUUUCAACACUAAAGAGUUAGGAAAAACUAAUAGCGCCGACAUUGUUGAUAGGUCUAAGAAAAAGCCUCUGGAGAUUUUAAUAAAAAUGAAGGAAGCUCCGGGUAAUGUUGAAACUUUUACCAAACCAAAAUAUAUAAAAAGUCCAAGAAGGGUAUCGACUCUAGCACAAGGAAAUAAAUUGAGAAAGACUCCAAAGAAACAAACAAAUGAUACCGCUAAUGAAACUAAUAAUGAUUCCUCUUCUACGUCAUACCAGAGCUUACCACCAUCAUUUCAAAAAUGUUAUGAAGACGUUUUUGAUCAGGAAAAUCCAACACAGAGUAAAACUUCCGCAACUAAAUCUGAACCAAUUCAUCCGUUACUUGCCCAAUACAUACAGCGACUAUUAAAUAUGAAGCGAGACUCCGUUAUGGCUUUGGGGAUUAGUUCAUCUGAUAUACAAACCCCUAACUCAUCUAUUUUGAAUACACCUACAAAUAAUUCAUCAGACAGUCAAAGUAAUCAACAGUUAAAUCGUGUACAAAAAUUUAUUAAUGAUAAUCGUAGCUUAAUUAAAGAAGUAGAAAAGACAUUAAAUGCUCGAAAAAACGCAACACAGGAAACAAUAAAUCUAGAAAUAAAAGACUCUUGGACAAAUAUAUUCAACGAUCAACAGCAAUCCGAUAAAAGAAAAAUGAGAGAAGAUAUCAAAAUUGUAGCUGCUAAAAUAGCAAAAGCAAUAGAAAAAUCUUAUCCAGCUAAUGAAAUUGAAGAUAUUCAAAUUAACUUAACAACUGAAAAAAUUUCUAAACCUAAAACAUUUUCUGGUAAUAAAGGCAAUGAAUUGAAAAGUAGCUCUAAAAUGAAUGAAACUAAAAUUUCUAAGUAUAAGACCGCAGCUACAAAUACUGAAUCUAUAAAAAUUGUACAAACUGAAAUAAAUAAUGGUGAAGUAAAUGUUUCUAAAUAUGCUGCACUCACAGAAAACUGUACGCAACGAAUAGCAGAAUUAACUGAUCUAAUAAAUAAGGUGCGUAAAGAAAAACAACGUUUACUCGAACAUACACUUAGCUCUGAAAGUCUGUCGAGUGCGCAAAACGAAUCAGUUCAUACACAUUCCUCAGUCAACGAUACUGUUAGUAAUGAUGAAGAAACUCAAAGUAAAGCAAUUGACAGUACCACUGCGGAAGCACAAAUAACCACAUUUCAGCCACUAGAAAAGCAUAAACCUAGUAGUGGAAGCCGUGAUAGUGGUAUUGCUAUGUCGCGACCAAACACAUCCUUAGAGGUUCGUACAGAUCAAGAACCAAUAAAUCAAACAGAAGGUCGCACAUCAAAAAGUAAGUCUAGAUUAACACCACCACCUGCAUUAAAAAGUAAAAGUCCAAAAUUACCAGAUAAACAAACACCACAUGAAUUGACGCCAAUUUUGGAAAUUGAUACUCCCUUGACAUCCCGUACCAAUGUUACAAAUAUAGGUGAUGUUGAUAAAACUGAUACAGUUCCCUCACCUAAACAUUUUGCAAAUUUUGAUGAUUAUGUUAAAUGCAUGAAUAUCGACACGUCACUAUUUGAUGAAUCAAAAGCAAGGGAACAAUAUAAUAAGUUUAUAACUAAUGUAACUGAAAAAUGGAAAAGCGCCGGUUUACAAUUUGCAAAUGUGGAAGAUUUCUUUAAAUACGUGAUAGAAAAAUCAUAUGAAGAUAUUGAAGAGGAAGAAGAAGAUGGUGAAAUAAUAGAUGAAUUGCUCCCAUUUGAUCCAAAUUGUUCGCAAUUGUAUAAUGUAUUUCAUAAAGCUAAUGAAACUUUGGAAGGCAAAAAAUUUCAAAGUGCUAUGGAAUAUAUGAAAAAACUCUCAAACGCUAAUGAUAUGCUUCCAUUAGAUGCAGAAACUUUAGACAAUAUAUCAGAGAAAGAAAUUGCGAUAAGCAAACAGCCAAAAUCAGCAGCCAUUGUUAAACGUACAGAAAAGACAAAUAACGAAUCUGAUUCUGAGUCAAUAAAUAUUGAAGAGGAAUUAAAGCGUCGCAAAAUCUUAAGAACAAAUUUUGCACGAGCUGAUGUUGAGAUAAGUACAAUUAAAGCAAAAAUUGAAACAUUACAAAAUAAUGAAAGCGGUAUAGACGCAUUGUCCAAUUCCGAUUAUUCUGGACAAUUAGAAAAAGAAUUGCUCAAAGUUGGUAUUGAUUGGCCUAGAUCCAAGCGUAAAAUUGAAAAACAGAGAGCAACUUUAAGUUGUGGCUCACCUAACAGUAUGAAAAAAGUGACUACUGUAGCACAACGAACUGCCAUAAAAACUGUUGUGGAUAGUAGUUCAUUAUCUUCAAUUCCAUCAAAUGUGAGCUCAAGUACUGAAAAAGAUUAUAAAUCACAUUUAGGUAAAUCGCACCCCCCCUUAAAUUUACGAGAAUUUUUAACAAAAGAAUUACUAAAGCAUGCUGAACUUUCAAGUAGCUCCACAGAAGAUUCUAUUAAAUCCAAUUUUCUUCUUUCGAUUGUUGGAACAAUUACACCACAGCAGAAAGCUAUAAUGCCACGUCAAAAGGAAGUAGCAAGCAGUACAAAGAAAUGGACGUCAACGCCUGUUAACUCUCCCACUUCAAGUUUUAAAAGUUCAUUCCAUCGAAAGUUCUCAAAAGAUACUAAUCUGUCUUCGGUGGUUGCAACUAGUAGCAGUAGUAGUGAUAAAAAUAAUGAAAACAAAUAAAACAAACAAAAGCAACAAUUUUUGUGCAAUAGCAGCUUUAUUGCGCUGAGGACAAUAAUUGCUGACUUUGCUGUUAGAAUUAUAAGUCAUUUUAAAAGUGAUAUAAAAAUAUUUAUUAUUGUUAACAACGCAUAUGCGAGAUUGAUUAUUUAUGUUAGAAGUUAAAUUUAGAAUGUUUGACCUUGACCUAUUAUAUUUUGUUAACUAUUACUUUAUAUGAUUUUUUAUAAUAUCGAUAUAUUAAAUAAACUGUUCUAAGUACAGACACACUUAUAAGUACAAAUAAAUUCAAAUUACUUAUAUAAUUAAGAUGAUUAAGUUUUAAGUAGAUGUUAAGUAAAAUAAGUAAUAAAAUAGCUGCUGUAGAUUGGAAUCUUUUAUAUAUGAAGUACAAUAUCCGUUUAAAAAUGUAAUUUAAUUUAGAAAAAACAACGAAUUUUUAUUAGAAAUAAUGCAUGUAUACUUCUUUUUAUAAAA